GCAGAGUACGAAAAGCAACGUCUUGUCACUGCAGUGGAGGAGCGGGAAUCACUUUAUUUAUAUAUUUUCUGCAUUUUCCUUCAUUAUGCUCUCACUUCACUCUCACUCUCUUCUUCAUUCUCCUCGCAACGCUUCACACUCUAUUUACUUUGCUUUCUUUUCGUUUGUUAGGCGGUUACUGUUGCCGUCGUCGUUGCAGUCAGUUAUGGCGGAGCAACCUGUUCUUCUUCCGGCGUCGGUGGAGAACAUGAUCAACGAGAUCUGCGAGAAGCAGAGGCAAUCGCCACCGGACUCCGCCGUGAGACGUGGACUUGCCGCCAUCGGAGAGGAAGGAGCACUUCAACUCCUCCUCACCAUCUCCAAAUCCAAAAUUAAACACACAUUCUCCGGUUUCAUCGUGCACAUGCUCAAAAACCACAAUCCUCACUCCGUUUAUCUUUCUCCCUCUCAAAACUCCGUUCCUCCGCUGCCUCCUCCUCCUCCUCCGACGGCGAUGAUGACGACGAUGAACGACGCUCUCUCCGCCUUGGGAGAAUUGGAGUUCAGAAAGGCCUUCCUGCUACUGAGUUAUAUCGGACGGGAGAGCCUUGAAAAUGUUGUCACCGGUGACUAUAUCAGAAGCCUCAAGGACUUACCAAUGGGAAGGUUUGAAGAAGUAAUAUGGGGAGACAUUGGAAGUAACCACCUCCUCGACCGUCAAGAUCGCCAAUUGUAUCUUGACUGGGAUUCUGGCCGGCCGCAUGUAUAUCAGUGCUUUGUUUCUCCGGACGGGAGCUUAAGGUUUAAGGGCCCUAUUUUACAAAACAACACGCAAACCCACCUGCACAAAACUCUUGGUGACGACAAUGUUUUGGUUGUUAAAUUUGCGGAGGAUAAGAAUGGAAGGAAUUUGAAGACCAAUGCCCAGGAUGCUGUUGCUCUCUAUGGAAAGUUUGGGAAGGAAGGGAUACGUGUUGGUCUACGUCUGUAUCGCUUUUUUGUUUUUAAAGAUAGUGGAAAGGAAGAGAAGAAGAAAGACCCAACAGCCUCCUCUGUAAAAUGUUAUUUUGUUAGGAUGGAAUCACAUUGUUCUGCAGACGAGAGGACAUUUUAUAUUUUGUCAAAAAAAACAAUGUUUGAAGCUAGAUCUUUGUUCAUGCAUGCUCACUUGUUACCCAGUAUUGACAAGUUUAUGGCUAGGUUCUCUCUCCUUCUAUCAAAGACCUUAAAACUUGACAUUGACUUGACGACUGUGAAUGUCCAAAAAAUACAAGAUAUUCCUUGCCUGGAUGAAAAUGACAAUGCUGUGUAUCAUAAUGAGAAACCGUGUAUUCUCACAGAUGGAACUGGGUUCAUCUCAGAAGAUUUGGCAAUUCUCUGCCCUAAUGAUGUGUUAAAAGGAAUGAACUUAAAGAAUAAAUCUAAGGAAAUUUCCAAUCUAGUUGAACUUGUGGAUAUGAGUAAGGCUGUGGGAGAAGCAGCACUGAGCCCACAUCAGCCGCCUUUGCUGAUUCAAUGCCGUAUCUUUCACAUGGGCCGUGCAAUUAAGGGUACUCUUUUGGUUAACAGAAAGCUUCCUUCAAGGACAAUACAUGUUCGGCCUUCAAUGAUUAAAGUUGAGACAGAUAUGAGCCUUCAAAAUAUUCAAAGUAUAAAUUCGAUGGAGGUAGUAAAUACAAGCCAGAAGCCAAAUAGAACAUACUUAUCUAAGUAUCUGAUUGCACUUCUAAGCUAUGGAGGAGUGCCAAAUCAGUUCUUCAUGGAAGUACUUCAGAGUAAUUUGGAAGAUGCAGACCAUGUCUAUUCCAAUAAGCGUACUGCACUCAGAGCUACUGUCAACCAUGGUGAGAUGGACGACUACAUAGCUGCUGGAAUGAUUUUGUGUGGGAUUCCUCUUGAUGAGCCAUUUUUACAGAAUCAUCUGUCAAAACUUGCAAUAGAGGAAAAAAAGAGGCUUAGAGGAGGGAGGCUUUAUUUACCUGAUUGUUUCUAUUUAAUGGGGACUGUAGACCCCACUGGGCGUCUGAAAGCGAAUGAAGUUUGUAUAAUCCAUGAAAAUGGCCAGAUUACUGGGGAUGUGCUCGUUUAUCGAAAUCCAGGGUUACAUUUUGGGGACAUUCACAUAAUGCAUGCCAGAUAUGUGGAGGAAUUAGAAUCUUAUGUUGGCCAUAGCAAAUAUGCAAUUUUUUUCCCAUGUGUUGGACCUCGCUCGAUAGCAGAUGAGAUAGCUGGGGGUGAUUUUGAUGGUGACUUGUACUGGGUUUCAAAACAUCCUCAGCUGUUGCAACAUUUCAGAAAGAGUGAUCCUUGGAUAGAAAGUCCUGCGCCUUGCAACUCUAUCCGAUUGGAUUCUACUAUUAAAAAGCCUAGUGGACUUUCAGCUGAGGAACUUGAGGAAGAACUUUUCAGACUAUUCCUGGAAACUCGGUUCCAACCAAGUAACACUAUAGGUGCGGCAGCUGAUAGCUGGAUGGCACUAAUGGAUCGUCUUUUAACAUUAAGAGAUGACUGCACUAAAGAAAAUGAGAAGCAACAUGUGAAGGAAAAUAUACUUAAAUUGAUUGAUAUAUACUACCAGGCAAUAGAUGCUCCUAAGCAAGGUGGAGGAAAGCUCCGAAUUCCAAAUGAUCUGACUGUUGAAAUGUACCCCCACUAUAUGGAAAGGGGCAGAUCAUUCACGUCAACCUCUAUCUUAGGUUUAAUAUAUGAUGAGGUUGGCAGAUGGCAAACCAACGAUGACAUGCCUGGGAAAGACAUUAGAAAACUCCCAUGUUUUGAUGCUGAAAUACCUAUGGACUGUAUGCAAAAGUGGGAAGAACUAUAUAGAAAUUAUAGAGAGGAUAUGACUAAUGCCUUAAAGGACCCUCUUAAGGCCAAUGAUGAAGCGGAUGAAGUCAUUAAGAUGUAUAAGCAGAAAUUGUAUGGUGCUGCUACGAUGGAGGAUAGUCCGAAGAAUAUUAGUGAUAUUUAUAAAGAGGCUUUGGCUGUGUACCAUGUUACUUACAACUUUGCCAUUCUAUGUAAGUCAGUUGGCAAAUGUGGCUUUGCAUGGAAGGUAGCUGGUUCAGCUCUCAUGAGUCUUUAUACCAUAAAACAAAAUCAAAGGACUUUGACCUGUGCUCCAUCUGUAUUGCGUGAGAUUUUUGGUUCAUGAAGUACGUUUUAACCACUUUUUGGCUGUAGUUAUGUGCUAAUGACUAAUGUAGCAUAAUCACUGAUCAUAUCUACAAAUUGUAUCAUAACAUAACCUAUCAUGUAAAUAUUUUUUUGUUGAUAAAAAUCUCAUCUGUGGUUCCUUUCCUGUCUGGCUGUUGUGUAAUAGGAUUCAUGUGAUUGACCACAUCUUGGCAGGGUCACGGACACUGUUGAUAUUGAUGACUUUUAUUUUGACGUUUUGCUAUCCUUAUAAUUGCUUUUUGAGCGGCGCUUUGCCAAAAGGCAUUCUUUACACGGACCAAUUGCAUUCAUUGUGCUUGUGCACUUCAAUUGUUGUAAGGUCACUAAAUGUGAAUCAAGGUCCUUUCAUACCUCAAGAAAUAGAGAAACAAUAUUGCUCCA